AUGUUGCCUCUGGAUAUUUCAAUUGUAAGAUUUUGUAAUUUCUCUAAUGUCGUAAUCAUUUACAACCUAACGAGUUCCUUCAGACGUUCUAUCAUAAAUGUUUGGUCGAUGAGAAACGCAUCAUGAACAUGACUCAUAAUGAAGCAAGUGAUCUUAAUUGUGAAGAGCCAAAAGGUUACCUGAAAGAGGAUUUUCUCCUUCACGUGUGGAGAAUUGUUUAUUGGAGUUCUCAAUUGCUUACAUGGUAUGUUUGGAGAGUAUUCGGAUUUUCAUUGCUUCGUUUUUAGGAUUUUGUUACCCAUUAUGCAGAGUUAUACCAAAGGCGGCAGCUUUACGGCUAUGGGAAGACUAAAGUUUGCUUUAUACAACAAUAUUAUAUAUUACACCAUGUACCUAGUUCUCUUUGUGUUCCUUCUCAUCUACGCCAUUUCUAAGGGAGUCUCAAUGAAUUUGGAUCACUUGAAAGUGUUAAUAAUCUCGGCGUCGAAUACGUGGGGAUUCCUUUUCUUGGUUGUUCUCCUUGGAUAUGGUUUGGUGGAAGUGCCAAGGAAGCUCUGGGAAGCUGGCCUAAAGGGUAAGCUUACUAUUUGAGUUUAGAUGGUUUUCUUAAAGAGAGACGACUUCAACGGACUUACUUUGAAGUGGAGAAGCUGGCUUCAGAGAAGAGUGAGGCCGAAGAAACCGUCCACCAAUUAUAUCAGUGAGUAUAUCAAUGUAAAGUUAUUUUACCUUUUUUAGCGAAUGCCGUGAAGUUUUGAAUCUUUUAAAAAAUGAAAGAGGACAAUCUCGAGAGCAAAUCCAAGAAGUAAUCAAACAGUUUCCUGAUGAAAUUGCAAACAAAGUUGCUAAUUCAAGACAAGUCGCCUUCUCGUCACCUCAUCUCAAGAACAUGGACGCGAAAACAGCUAGUGAAGAGUCGUUUCUGGUAAGGGUUUAUUUAAAUGUGCUCAAUGACAGUUUUGAUUAAUUCGUAUACUUGGUUUUCUUUCUUUUCCCAUCCGUCUUUCUGGUCUCGGGCGUCGAAAUUAUCGACAGAAUGGAACCUUGGAUGAUGUUUCCAUAGCUUUUCGUAUUUUAGGUUGAUCUCAGUUGCCUCAUCGUAGUUUUCGCGACGAUAAGGAUUAUUUACUGUCGAGUAGAAUUCUCUAAAACGAUGUUUUGAUAUUGAGAAAGUUUACAGGGUGUUUCGAGAAAUAUUCCGAAAGUUUUUGCGAAUAUCCUUGUGCUCUUUGCAGCUAUCCAAGAAAAAUUUUAAUUAUUUUUAAAAUUCAAAGUCGUGGGUUUUAAGAAUAAUGCAAAAGGUUUUUUCGCUUCGGCAAGGGUAAGAACGUUGGAGGCAAACCCUCCCUCUUUUCUGAACUCUCCCCCAAAAACCCCGAACUCUCCCCCUUUUUUGAUUUUCACGUUUGUACUUUUUUCAAUUUGCAAAAAAUUCGCAUUCCCGCAUUUUUGACUCUUCCAAUGUAAGAACUUGAAAAAUACCUCCGCCGAGUCUUCGCCAAUGUUGUGAAAAUCCGCCAGCCGCCGAGAAUAACAGAUUAUCGUAACCGCAACCUUUCAAAGAAAUUCUUUUGCAUAUUCUAAAAACACAUGACUUCGAAUUUUAGAAACAAUUUAAACUACCUAGAUAACUGCAAAGAGCACAGCUAUAUUUCCAAAAACUCUCCGGAAUAUCUCCGGAAACACCCUGUACUUUGGUGCCGUGUGCAUCUGUAUGACCAUAUGGUAUCUCUCCAGCAGUGCUUCCUCUUCUGUCUCCAGUUCGUUUAGAAUCUCUUUCCACGUAUUUUCCCCCGGGGUAUAUGCCUUUGGGUCCAUUCCUCCUCGGUCGCAGAUAAUUACCGUAUGUCGAUCAGUCUGAAGGAUGUAUAGAUUGAAGUUCGUCUUACUUCGUGAUCUGCGAUGUUAUCAUAGACACUUUCUAACUGUUUAAUGGUCUUUAAUACAUCCUUUUGCCACUGAUAUAUUUGUUCAUCAUUCAAUGUAUGCCUUUCUACUCUACCAGUAUACAAAAAACUGGAUGCUUCGCUCACAGUGAACACCUAAAGAGUUUAUUAUAAGAUAAUAUUUUUACCUGCCAUUCAUCAUUGUAAUGAGUCUUGAUCUUGUCCGCAAUUUCCUUCAUUGCGGUAGUCUUUCCUAAAAUAAAUUUUAAAUUUUUAAGUGUUAACAUACCGGCGCAUGGUCCUCCAGUUAGGACGAUCUUGCUCUUACGUUUACCAUGUUUAUUUAAAGAAUAGGGAACAGACAUGAGGAGCGUUUAUUUGGAAGAGAAACGUUUCACUAUGAGCAAUGAGGCUGUCAUCUCACUUUGCUCGACCUUAUCAACAAAUCAAAAGUCCUUUUCAGUUGUCUCAAGGUCCGCUGAUUUCAGGUCAGAUUAAAUCGAAGGACUAAUUUGGCUGUCCAGAACUAUAGAAGAACCCACGCCCAAUGGAAAGCACUCUUAGAAGAGGCCUGCUACCUGGAAGAUGUGAUCGUUGCUCAAGAAAAACGAAAAUUGCCUGAUUGGAACAGAGAUAAAUGGAUAAAGAGAUACCUGAAUGAAAGAGUAUUAUUUAAUUGGCAUACAAGGGGAAAAGAGGUGAUGAUUAGAGUUCUAGCUGUGAUCUGUUUGGCUAUGACUAUAUUGAUCUUGUGGAGUGAAUGCACAUUCUUUAUUGUGAAGCCGCAACUCUCACUUGCUGCCCGAAUUCUGCAUUCAAUGGCCUUAGGAUACCAUUAUAAAUACAUCCAGGUACUGUAAGCCUAAUAUUUAGAUCAAAUUUGUAGGUGACGGCGGUUGGAUUGAUCUUGUACUUGAGUCUAUGUGCGUAUUAUACAGUGUUCCACUUGAAAAUUUACAAGUAUUAUCAUUUGGAUCCCCAUCAAAUGACAGAUCCAAAUAGUAUGGUGUUCAGUGCAAUGUAAGUUGAGAUUUAGAUUGAAGACGUACAAAAUUUCAGGCUAUUGUGUCGUCUCACGCCUCCACUUUGUCUCAACUUUUUGGGAAUGGUACAUCUGGAUACACACAUCACGGCCAGAACUGACUUUGGUGUGGAAACACAGUUUACUCGGGUAUCUUUGUCUGCUUUCAGGGGACGUACCCCAAGUGCGACGUGCAUGGUUUUGAUGAAAAAAUCGACACUUUUUGGCGAGCUUUUUCAUGAAAACUUUAACUGUAAAAGAUCAUGUUUCCGCAAAAGUCAAUUCUUUUCAUGCUAAACUAGCAAAGAUACGGCCAAAAUAUGUUUUCAUCUUUGACCGCACUCCGCGUUUCGCGCACUCUCAAGGCCGCUGAAUAUCUCGGCUGCGCCUGCAAAUCGCGAGCCUUCAGGAAUUAAUAUGGGCUAUGCCCAACCUAUCUGCAAAUUUUAAGUAAAACCUGAGCGGCGCGCUUGCGGUACUUCCUUUGCGAGCCUUCUAAUAUUGAUGUUGUUUAGUUAAUGGGACAUCUGGAUGUCAUCCCGGUCUUAGCUUCUGGAAUCAACAUUUAUUUGCCAAUGCUGAUUGUAAUUUUAUGUUUGAGUACAUGGCUGAAGUUAGGGACAAGGGCCAUGCAUGCCAUUGGAAUCGAUCAAUUUAUGGACGAGGAUGAGAUGACCGCCGAUAUGAUACAGAGUGGAAAAGCAUUGGUUUCAUUGGAACGAAGAAGUAAUGGAGCUUUUAAAGAACCCGCGAGAAUGGAGGGACAACGGGAGGAAAGGACUUUCAGGAAUAAGGCCUUCAGUAAGUCAUUGUUAUUUCAGGUAUUUUUUUUUUUAUUAUUAAUUAACUCGUAGGAUACGAAUUGGUACUUUUAUGUUUAAAGUGGUGUUCUAGCAAAUCAAUUUUUAUUUAUACCGACAUAAUUAUCACCGUUUUCGAAAAAUGUGGACGAAUCUCAAAAAUUUUUUGGCAUUUUGUAAACUGUAAUUUCCGUCAAUGUAGUUUUACUUCCCAGAAGAACGUCUAUAUCAUUGUUAUUUAUAUUUUUGUAUUAUGAAUUAAAUUGGUAUUGCAGAGAAUGAUGACGAGGACCGAGUGCCAUUGGUUGAGAGUGGCAAUGAAGAUAUGUUCGACCAGCCGUACGAACCAGUGAAUCUGUUCGAUUUGUCUUCAGAACGCCCUCCAACUCACCCACAUUCCAAUGAUAUAUUUAAUGAUCUCUAA